AUGCGGUCCAGCCGCACGAAGGUCCAGACCUACCUAGAGGAAAGCUCGUCUCAAGACGAAUCAGGAGGUUUGCCCGGAUCAAGGCGCGCCUCGUUAUCUCUUCGCUCGCGCAGUACAACUCGAAUGCCGAAAUCCUAUCGCGAAGAUUCGACGGAUGCUAGCUUUGACGAAAUUGUGGAAGACCAAGAGCUCGGAUCAUUGGUAGCUGCGCCGAUCGAUACGCCAAAUCUGGAGGCCGAAUCUGUGCCUACUCGCCCCCCAAAACCCCAAGGUCCUCGCCGGGCUGCAACCACCCCGAAACCAAAUAAGUCUAAACGAUCGAAACCCAGCAGUCGAGUCGGCAGAGCCGUGCACAAACGUGCCAAGAUAGAUGAGGAUGACCCGGUAUUCCUUGGAUCCGGUGUAAUUCCUCCUUGGCAAACUCUCCCCUACCAUAUCCUUCUUGACAUUUUCCUACGUGCGUCGCACCCACUACUUGACGAAAGCCGUUCGGCCCGCAAUGACUCUGUCAAGUGGCUAGUCAAUGUCGCUCUGCUAUGUCGAAGCUUUCACGAACCAGCGCUCGCUGCACUCUAUCACUGUCCCCCUCUUCUUCCUACCUACAAGAGCCAUGUGCUCCUCUCUCUAUUGGCACGCCCACAAGAAUCGCUCUCGAUGAACUACUCUAGCAAGAUCAAACAACUCCAUGUUGAAGUUGAACCGGUGCUCAUUUAUAAAAGUGGGUCUUACGGCUACUUUGACCUUGCUCAGUUAAUUGAAAAGACGCCUCGUUUACACACGGUACGACUGUAUCACAAAGAUGAUUACACGGUGGGAAUACCUCCAUGGCACAUUGCUCAAUCAAAGUGGACUUAUCCAGACGCUGUCUUUUCCGCCCUCGAGAACCGUGGCAUUACCCUUCGUAACUGGGACUGGAACAGCCGCUUUCUAGAAACCGAUGCGCUUGUCGAAAUGAUGGUGAAAAUGCAUUCGCAGCCCGCCUUUCGGGGUCUCAGAGAGCUGAAAUUGCUCCACUUUGAUAACCAAAACGAAGAAACUUCCGCUGCCAAAGAGGCCAGCCUCCUCGAGGCCCUUGCGAUGCUCCCAGAGCUUCAGCGACUGGAUUUUACUGAAAGCUCAUUGGUUUGCGGUGAAGUCCUGAUCAAUUUACCAAAUACCGUCCGUUCCCUCACGCUGAACAACUGUGAUCGAUUGUGGUCAGCAGAUCUUACAGCCUAUAUGUCUUUACAUGGCACCAAUCUUCGAGAGCUCAGUUUAAGUCACAAUCGCCAUCUCAACAUGUCUUUCAUCCAAAGUUUGGCUCAGUACUGUGAGAACCUCGAAAUUUUCAAAAUGGACCUGUCUAUGCAUGAUGCGUCCAGUUACCACGAUGUCGAGCCGCACUUUGAAGAUCUUCUUGUCCAAACCGAAGUCCCCACGUGGCCAGAGAAGCUCCAAGAAAUCGAGCUCACCCAGUUACGCAAAUGGGACGACGCUACUGCGGAGGUCUUUUUCACAUCGAUGGUGAAUGCGGCCCCCAAACUUCGAGAUUUACGUCGAUUGGUCAUCAGUGCAAUCCUGAAGAUUGGCUGGCGAGACCGUGCCACCUUUCGCGAGCGGUGGAUCGGUCUGCUCGAAAAAGUCUUUCUGCGACGAAGUAUGCCGCCAAAUCCCAAUCUCCGUUCCCUUCAGAAGCGCUCGCUCAAACCAACCAUAUUAAUCGCAAGUAAUGGACCCGAUGAAUCGGGAGCUGGAGUUGAUGAUCUGCGACCAUCCACGGCUGAUAGUGGACGAUCGACUUCCUCCAAACGCCAAAGCACUCGGCUGGCACAUCAAAAAUUCAACGAAAUUGAUGAUGCUGCUAGUGGUUCUUCAUUAUUCGGGACCCCGCAGCCCGAAUCCGGGAAGAUACAGGGAAUGUGCGAUGUUGUAAACAUUCGGAUCGACAACCAGCGGCCGACUGAGUUGCAGUUCAAUGAGAACGAUUUUCUUGACGAUGAACUUAGCGGUGACGAGGACUGGGAUGGCAAUGACGCUGACUUCUAG